GGCUUCAUUCCUAGCUAGCUAGUCGCACUAGCAUCUAGCCUCAUACUUCACAUAGAUAGAGAUGGGUGUUUUCCUUCUUCAAUUCAAACCUUUUGUUUGUGCCCUUACAUUUGCUUUGAGCUCUUUGCUUCUCUUGCUGGAGCUCGCGAACGCGCAACAAAGCGGCGUCACCCGCCACUACAAAUUCGACAUCGUGAUGACGAAUGUGACACGUCUUUGCCACACAAAGAGCAUGGUGACCGUCAACGGCCAGUUCCCAGGGCCGAAGAUCAUUGCUAGAGAAGGCGAUCGCGUUGUCGUGAAGGUGGUAAACCAUGUCCAAAGCAACAUCACCAUACACUGGCACGGAAUUCGACAGCUACGAAGUGGUUGGGCCGAUGGGCCAGCCUACAUAACCCAAUGCCCGAUCCAAACGGGCCAAAGCUACGUGUACAACUUCACAAUAGUGGGCCAAAGAGGAACUCUUUUUUGGCACGCCCAUAUCUCGUGGUUAAGGGCCACUGUUUAUGGGCCCAUUAUUAUUCUACCAAAACGUGGCGUUCCUUACCCAUUCACCAAACCAUACAAAGAAGUCCCAAUCAUCUUUGGGGAGUGGUGGAAUGUGGACACGGAGGCCGUUAUAAACCAGGCUCUUCAAACGGGUGGGGGCCCAAAUGUCUCGGAUGCUUACACUCUUAACGGGCUUCCCGGCCCAUUAUAUAAUUGCUCUGCUAAAGAUACAUUCAAACUGAAGGUGAAGCCCGGGAAAACGUAUCUCCUGCGCAUGAUCAACGCUGCACUCAACGACGAGCUUUUCUUCGGCAUCGCCAACCACACCCUCACCGUCGUCGAUGUCGACGCCGUCUACGUCAAGCCCUUCGACACGAAAACCCUUGUCAUCGCCCCCGGCCAAACCACAAAUGUCCUCCUCCGCACCGAGCCGACGUAUCCGAGCGCCAACUUCUUCAUGCCCGCGCGGCCCUACGUCACCGGCCAGGGCACUUUCGACAACUCCACCGUCGCAGGCCUCCUCGAAUACGAAAAUCCCAGCUCCCCCUUAUCCCCUUCCUUCAACAAAAACCUCCCUCUCUUCAAACCGACCCUCCCUCCGCUCCGCGACACGUCUUUCGUCACCAACUUCACCAACAAGCUGCGCAGCCUAGCAACAGCGCAGUUUCCGGCCAACGUGCCUCGAACCGUGGACCGGCGCUUCUUCUUCACGGUCGGGCUCGGUUCGAGCCCGUGCCCGGCGAACAGAACAUGCCAAGGUCCGAACGGCACGAAAUUCGCCGCCGCCAUCAACAACGUCUCAUUCGCAGUGCCGACGACGGCUCUUCUACAAGCGCACUUUUUCGGGCGAUCGAGAGGCGUGUAUAGCCCGAACUUUCCGAUCGUGCCCCUGUCGCAGUUCAACUACACGGGGACGGCGCCGAGCAACACACUGGUGAGCAACGGAACGAAGGUGGUGGUGUUACCGUUUAACACUAGUGUGGAGUUAGUUAUGCAGGAUACUAGUGUACUAGGCGCGGAGAGCCACCCCUUGCACCUGCACGGGUUCAAUUUCUUUGUAGUGGGUCAAGGGUUCGGGAAUUACGACCCGGUGAACGACCCGGCUCGGUUCAAUUUGGUCGACCCGGUCGAGAGGAACACAGUCGGGGUCCCAUCGGGAGGUUGGGUCGCAAUCCGAUUCCAAGCCGAUAAUCCCGGUGUGUGGUUCAUGCAUUGUCACUUCGAGGUGCACACCAGUUGGGGUUUGAAGAUGGCGUGGUUGGUGCUCAAUGGGAACCGUCCAGAUCAGAAGCUGCCUCCUCCACCGUCCGAUCUUCCCAAGUGCUAAUUUGUUAACUCAUCUUCUUCUUUUUUUUCUUUUUUUUUUCAUUGUCUUUCUAUGAUGGAUUUGGUUAAGCUUUGGACCUUAACCUGUCUUAAUUAGUACCCUUUUGUUUUCCUAUUUGAGUUCAUUUUUCUCUUUU